CCGAGGUCGGAGUGCUGAUGUCACAGUAUAUUUUGAUUUUUCAGGAUAUGUUGGAUUUUGUCAUGGGGAGCACGUUUGUGAAAUGUGCUGCCACCGAUUUGGCGAUCCAGUGGUUCGGCUGGGCUGUUGCCGCCGCCUUGAAAACUGAGAAGUUUUACGACUUAGCAGGGUCCGGUACAUUUAUAUUAUUAGCCCAUCUUAGUCGAAUGUGGGGAGGAACCGGUCAUGUGCGGCAAAAUGUGCAAACUGGACUCGUGACAGCAUGGGGACUUCGGUUGGGCACGUACCUCUUUCUGCGGAUAAUGAAGGACGGGCACGACCGUAGGUUUGACAAGGCCAGGGACAGCCCCGGAACCUUCUUUGUGUAUUGGACAGUCCAAGCCCUGUGGGUGUUCAUGACACUCCUGCCCACCCUGAUUCUGAACAGUGAACGCCGGGAUGAACCCCUGGGUCCACGGGAUUACCUGGGGUGGGGCCUGUGGGGGCUGGGCUUUGCCACAGAAGCCAUUGCUGAUCAGCAGAAGUGGAAUUUUAAACAGGACCCCGAUAAUGCUGGCAAAUUCAUCCAGAGCGGGCUGUGGGCAUAUAGCCGGCACCCCAAUUACCUGGGGGAGAUCCUGCAGUGGUGUGGGCUCUUCCUGUCGGCCUCCUCUGUGAUGCGGGGUGUCCAGCACCUCAGCGUGGCCUCUCCACUCUUCCUCUGGUUCCUUCUGCGCCACGUCAGCGGAGUCCCCAUUCUGGAGCGGCAGGCCCUGAAGAGGUGGGGGUCCGACCCCGCCUUCCAAAACUACCUCAGAAACACUCCCCUCCUCUGGCCCUGCCUGACAUGAUUGGCUACGCUUCUUUGCGGGGUUUACCUUGGUGUAGGUACCACCAAUCUCUGGAGAAGGGACCAUGCGGUUUAAUGAACGAUAAUCUUAAGAGCCUGGAUGGCAUCAGUUACCUCAGUGAAACUUCUGGAUUCAGCACAAAGAGUUUGGUAAUGGAAGACCAGUGCUAGUUGAUGUGAAGCAGUCAGUCACAGCCAAAGCAUUCCUAUAAACUAAGAGCUAGAAAGCGAAACCAUAUCCAAAGUUUCUCAAAUGCAUAUUGGUUACAAAACGGGGUUAAGCAGUUUCUGAUGCACUGUGACAAUGUGUAACAAAUGAAUUUUACACAUUUUUCCUAUAUGCACAAAAAUAAAAGCACAGCUUUUUAUGAAAUUACAA